UCCGGGGGCCAUCAAAUAGACCAGAAUCCGCAAACCCCCCCGCCCUUGCUUAUAAAUUUGCUCCUCCGUAGAGCACAUGAAGGCUUGUAAGCGCUCCUUCUCUCUCAGGUCCCGGAAGAUACUAUUUCUUCUUCUUAAUUCUCCAAUUCUCAGAGCAGAAUCGCAAGGGGUAGGAGGGUUCAUCCAUGGGUUCUGAUUCUAAAUCAGUUAUUGAUUUGAUAGAAGCUUCAUCAGGGGUUCAUUUUUCUGGAUUUCACUUGGAUGGAUUGAAGCAAAGAACUUUACAGGUGGAUCAACCGACAACUUCAGAAGCUGAACAUAUGCAUAAACAACCUUUUGUCAUUGGCGUUGCUGGAGGAGCAGCAUCAGGAAAGACUACAGUUUGUGACAUGAUUAUUGAACAGCUUCAUGAUCAGCGUGUUGUACUUGUUAACCAGGAUUCCUUUUAUCACAAUUUGACACCAGAGGAACUAACAAGGGUUCAUGAAUACAACUUUGACCACCCUGAUGCAUUUGACACUGAGCAAUUAUUAAGUGCAAUGGAGAAGUUGAAGCAUUGGCAAGCAGUAGAUAUUCCAAAGUAUGAUUCCAAGAGUUACAAGAAUAAUGUGUUCCCAGCUCGAAGGGUGAAUCCUUCAGAUGUGAUAAUCUUGGAAGGCAUACUGAUUUUCCAUGAUCCUCGAGUCCGAGAUCUGAUGAAUAUGAAGAUAUUUGUUGAUACAGAUGCUGAUGUACGCCUGGCAAGGAGAAUAAGGCGUGACACCGUUGAAAAGGGUAGGGAUAUCGACAUGGUGCUUGAUCAGUACUCAAAAUUUGUGAAGGCUGCUUUUGAUGACUUUAUACUUCCAACAAAGAAGUACGCAGACAUUAUUAUCCCCCGUGGUGGUGACAAUCAUGUAGCUAUUGAUUUGAUUGUUCAACAUAUCCGAACCAAACUUGGUCAACAUGAUCUUUGUAAAAUAUAUCCCAACCUUUAUGUCAUUCAGUCAACAUUUCAGAUUAGGGGCAUGCACACACUAAUACGCGAUGCUCAAACAACAAAACAUGAUUUUGUUUUUUAUGCGGAUCGGUUGAUUCGUUUGGUUGUUGAACAUGGCCUCGGACAUCUACCAUUUACAGAAAAGCAGGUGAUCACUCCAACUGGUUCCGUCUAUACUGGAGUGGAUUUUUGUAAAAGGUUAUGCGGUGUCUCCAUAAUUAGAAGUGGCGAGAGCAUGGAGAACGCUUUGCGGGCCUGCUGUAAAGGUAUUAAGAUUGGAAAGAUCCUGAUUCAUAGAGAAGGUGACAAUGGGCAACAGCUGAUAUACGAAAAGUUGCCCAAGGACAUCUCAGAUAGGCAUGUGCUUCUGUUGGAUCCUAUCCUAGGCACAGGGAAUUCGGCUGUUCAAGCUAUAUCUUUACUGAUAAAGAAGGGUGUCCCAGAGGCCAACAUCAUAUUCCUUAACCUCAUAUCAGCACCCCAAGGAGUUCAUGUGGUUUGCAAGCGUUUCCCAAGAAUAAAGAUUGUUACCUCAGAGAUUGAAAUUGGUUUGAACAAAGAUUUUCGAGUUAUCCCGGGGAUGGGCGAAUUUGGAGAUCGGUAUUUCGGCACCGAUGACGACGAGCAAUCCUCCAUGGUUCCUCCAAAACAGUUUUGAGUUGAGAGGUAAAUUUCAUUAGUUUGAUCCAUCCACCAUCUUCUACAGUCAACGACGGAGUAUAUAUGGACCUGCUGCAGUCAAAUUCUCAAAUUCUAAUAUAUAUCCUCUUCAAGUUCAAUACGCAUACCCACGACGGCUAAAAUAUAGUUGAAAGUUGCAUUUUGGAAUUUUGUCUUUGCUCUUGACUUUCUGUUUGUUUGUAGUCCCUGGUUAUUGGGCUACUUGGAUUCACACCCAAUUUAGGCUUGCUUCUAAAUUUCUUGUAUGUUAUGUGAAAAUUUUUCAUAAAGAGCUAUAGCUUUUAGAAUUUUAAAUUUCAUGAUUUGUAUCAAUAUGAUGAUAUACAACUAUUGAUGAGAUAUCUUGGGUGAUGGGGGGAUAUAGAAACAAAUCUUUUGGAAAGCAUUAUCAUAA